UGUCGCCGCCCUGCCCGCGGGCCCGCCCUCCUGGCCCAGCCCAGGGCCCUGGGAGCUAUUUUGAAAGUGACCCUGGGCUGGGGCGCCGGGGCGAGCGCGGCGGCGCGGAACCAUGACAGAAGAUGACCGAGGCGGCGCUGGUGGAGGGCCAGGUCAAGCUGCGGGACGGCAAGAAGUGGAAGAGUAGGUGGCUGGUGCUGCGCAAGCCGUCGCCCGUGGCAGACUGCCUGCUGAUGCUGGUCUACAAGGACAAGUCGGAGCGUACCAAGGGCCUGCGGGAGCGCAGCAGCCUGACGCUAGAGGACAUCUGCGGGCUGGAGCCCGGCCUGCCCUACGAGGGCCUGGCCCACACGCUGGCCAUUGUCUGCCUGUCCCAGGCCAUCAUGCUAGGCUUUGACAGCCACGAGGCCAUGUGUGCGUGGGAUGCCCGGAUCCGCUAUGCGCUCGGCGAGGUGCAUAGGUUCCAUGUGACAGUGGCUCCAGGCACCAAGUUGGAGAGCGGCCCGGCUACCCUGCACCUCUGCAAUGAUGUCCUCGUCUUGGCCAGGGACAUCCCCCCGGCUGUCACGGGGCAGUGGAAGCUGUCCGACCUCCGGCGCUACGGGGCCGUGCCAAGCGGAUUCAUCUUUGAAGGCGGGACCAGGUGUGGGUACUGGGCUGGCGUCUUCUUCCUGUCCUCGGCCGAGGGGGAGCAGAUCAGCUUCCUGUUCGACUGCAUCGUCCGAGGCAUCUCCCCCACCAAGGGCCCCUUUGGGCUGCGGCCAGUUCUACCAGACCCAAGUCCCCCGGGACCCUCGACUGUGGAGGAGCGUGUGGCCCAGGAAGCCCUGGAAACCCUACAGCUGGAGAAGCGGCUGAGCCUCCUCUCACAUGCGGGCAGGCCGGGCAGUGGAGGGGAUGACCGCAGCCUGUCCAGCUCGUCCUCGGAGGCCAGUCACUUGGACGUCAGCGCCAGCAGCCGGCUCACCGCAUGGCCAGAGCAACCCUCGUCGUCGGCCAGCACGUCGCAGGAGGGGCCUAGACCAGCAGCUGCCCAGGCCCCCGGGGAAGCCAUGGUGGGUGCCUCAAGGCCACCCCCCAAGCCGCUGCGUCCGCGGCAGCUGCAGGAGGUCGGCCGCCAGAGCUCCUCGGACAGCGGCAUCGCCACUGGCAGCCACUCCUCUUACUCCGGCAGCCUCUCGUCCUACGCGGGCAGCAGCCUGGACGUGUGGCGGGCCACGGACGAACUGGGCUCACUGCUCAGCCUGCCAGCAGCAGGGGCCCCCGAGCCCAGCCUGUGCACCUGCCUGCCCGGGACAGUCGAGUACCAGGUGCCCACCUCCCUGCGGCCCCACUAUGACACACCACGCAGCCUUCGCCUGGCUCCCAGAGACCACAGCCCCCCCUCGCAGGGCAGCCCUGGCAACAGUGUGGCCGGGGACUCAGGCGGCCAGACGUCCGCCGGGUGUCCCUCUGGCUGGCUGGGCAUGAGACGGCGGGGCCUGGUGAUGGAGGCCCCCCAGGGCAUUGAGGCCACACUGCCUGGCCCUGCCCCCGGCGAGCCCUGGGAAGCAGGCUGCCCUCACGCGGGGCCACCCCCGGCUUUCUUUUCGGCAUGUCCAGUCUGUGGAGGACUCAAGGGAGUGGCAGCCUCAGCCCCGGGACCUGUGACAGCACAUUCAGGAUCCCCAGGACCCGUGGCUGUGGACAGCCCAGGGCCAGAGAGGCCGCGCGGCGAGUCGCCCACCUACGUGAACAUCCCCGUCAGCCCGUCCUCCAGAAAGCAGCUGCACUACAUGGGCCUGGAGCUCCAGGAGGCCAGCGAGGGUGUCCGAGGGGCUGGCGCCUCCCUCUACGCCCAGAUCGACAUCACGGCCACCGAGACGGCGCACAGAGUGGGGGCGCGGCACGCACGGGCCCGGGAGGAGCAGCUGUCGGAGCUGGAGCAGAGGAAGGCAGCCCCGCAGUGAGUUCACAGCGCCAGGAGCUGACCACAAACCCGGUGCGCUGUGCGGCCCCGUGGCCUCCGGCAGGCCGGCCCCUUCUGUUGGCCGUGGUCUGGUCCCCAGGGAGCCCCCAGUUGCAGGAGCAGGCAUGGCCGGUCUCCGGGCCAUGGUGCAAACAGGAAGUUUUCAGGGCCCACGGCCAGGCCUCCUGCCUCGCAGGUGUCCGGGGCUGACCCUUCCUUUGGCCUGAAAGAGUUGCUCUGGACCCCAGGGCCGACUGAGGCCCUGCUUCCAGGCAUCAGGCAGCUCUGGUCCCUGCUGUGGCGUCUCAGGCAGAGGCCGCUGCCCAGGAGUUUGGGAGCAUGGUUUGUGGUGCCUGGGAUGCAAACUGCCCUCUCACCCUGGGGGUGACUGCACGGAUGACAGCCGUGUCCUGCCAAAAUGCUCAUCCCUUCACCUGGGUGCUGCGGCCCUGCAGAGCCAGGGCCCAGUGCCUGCUCCCGCUGUUGGCACCAUGCCCGCUCCUGAGACCGGAGGCUCAGACACUCCCGGCAUCCCCUCCCCGCCUCCCGGCUGUCCUGCCUGGGCCACCGCCACCCUGCACCUGGGGACGGAGCCUGGACUCUCCCAGCCACCUGACUGCUCCACUUCUUGGGACCUAUUAUAGCCAGUCAUGUAAAGAGCUUAAAAUUGUGACUGUUCUGUU